AUGCCUGAGUACUACCUCGUGUCCCACGAGCGGUACACGCUCCCGCAGCCGUCCGCCCGCGACAACUUGCUCGCCGUGUACGGGUUAGAAGCAGUGGCCCGGUCGCUCGCCCGAACCAACCCCGACGGCUCCAAGGGGGUCAAGUUGAGAAAACUGUACAAAAACCAUAUUGUCGACUUACCGGGCAAACACCAAGUCUCCCAAGCCAAACCGGUGAAUCCUGAGAUUCUCAACCCGCUGGUGGCCACUAAUCCCAAUACGAUCCGCGCCUUGGACCCCGAAUUGCUCAAGCAGGCCUUGCACUUCGACAAGAGUCCCCCGACGGGGAUUUCCGGGUUCAAUCAUGUUGAUUUGGCGAUAAGUGAUAACCAAACGUUGAUGCGUGAUGAGGGAGAAGAGGAACGUAAGGGGAAACGGAAGAAGAAGGGUGGUUUACCGGAUCCUAAGCGGCCUCAUUAUGGGUGA